UUCCACUUCUGUUGUAUAUAUUACGUACGCAUAUUUUAGCCUAAUAUGGAAAAGGUUGCUAAUGGUACCAAAUCAGCAUUUGAUCAACAUAUAAAGGAUAAUGUUUCGGUGUUACAAUCAAGAGCAGUGAAUUUACUGCUGACAAAACUUCGUAAUAAAGACACGAAGUGUAAAGAGUUCAACAUAUACGCCGAUAGGUUGAUGCGGUUGCUUGCAGAAGAAGCACUUGCACGACUUCCAUUUGUUCAGGAAGACACAGUAAAUACGCCAUGUGGUGUUGCAAAAGGUUUAGUUGAUAACAGAUCUCAAAAAUUGUGUGUUGUAUCUAUUCCUCGUUCUGGUGACAUCUUGCAAGAAGCUGUUCGAAAAAUUUGCCCUGGGGUUGGAAUUGGAAAAAUUCUUAUCCAGCGUAAUGAAGAGUCUGUUGACAAGAAACCAAUUUUAUACUACAAAAAACUGCCUAAACACAUUGCUGAAUGCUUUGUUAUUUUGGUGGAUCCUAUGUUGGCUACUGCUGGGAGCUCAAAGCGUGCAAUAUCAGUUCUGUUAGAAGCUGGUGUAAAGGAGAACAACAUUAUGUUUGUUAAUUUAAUUUGUUGUCCAGAGGGGUUAUAUAACAUGUUUGAAGAGUACCCAAGUGUGAAAGUGGUAACAUGUUGUGUCGACGACCGUCUGGAUGAAAAUAAAUUUAUUGUUCCAGGAUUGGGUGAUUAUGGGGACAGAUACUAUGAAACUCAAUAAAAAUUCUUAUAUGAUUGUAUAUUCAUAAUUAUAUAAAGAAUUGAAACCCUUUAGUGCAAAUAGUAUGCACUUAUACACCUCGCCUGAGGUAUAUAAGUGUACACCUAAGCUCAUUCAAUAAUUAUACCGCUAUUGAAAUCUA